AUGAGCAACACUGUCAAGAAUGGUGAAAUCGACGAGAGUUUGUACUCCCGGCAACUUUAUGUGCUCGGGAAGGAGGCAAUGUUGAAGAUGCAACAUGCGAACGUUUUAAUCGUCGGGUUAGGCGGUUUAGGUGUAGAGAUAGCCAAGAACGUUGUUUUGGCUGGUGUAAAAUCAUUGGCAGUUUACGAUCCUGCUCCGGCGAAUUUGCAAGACCUUUCAACGCAGUUUUUUUUGACUGAAAAGGAUUUAGGAAAGCCUAGAGAUGUUGUUUCUCGUGAUAGACUAGCGGAGUUGAACUCUUAUGUGCCCGUUAAGGUUUUGGAAUCCUUAGAAGACCAUGUUUUGGAAUAUCAGGUCGUUGUGGCGACUGAAACUGUCUCUUUAGAACAAAAAAUCCAAUUGAACAACGUUUGUCAUGCCGCUGGUGUGAAAUUUAUCAGCGCAGAGACUAGAGGUUUGUUUGGUAAUGUUUUUGUGGACUUGGGUGAAGAUUUUACCGUUAUCGACUCCACGGGAGAAGAACCUCGCUCUGGGAUUGUCUCUGAUAUCGAAGCAGAUGGUACAGUUACCAUGUUAGACGAGAACAGACACGGUCUGGAAGAUGGGAACUACGUUAGAUUUUCUGAAGUGGAAGGUCUAGAGAAAUUGAACGAUGGGACUCUGUUCAAAGUUGAAGUACUAGGUCCUUUUGCGUUCAAGAUUGGGUCUGUCGAACAGUACGGAAAAUAUAAAAAAGGUGGACUUUUCACCGAGGUCAAAGUGCCUAAGAAAUUAUCUUUCAAAUCUUUACAGCAAAGUUUACAUGAGCCGGAACUCUUGUUUUCCGAUUUCGCUAAGAUGGAGAGGGCUGGCCAAUUACAUUUGGGUUUCCAGGCUUUGCAACAAUUUUCUGCAAGACAUGGAGGUAAUUUACCAAGACCAAUGAAUGAAGAAGAUGCAAAUGAACUUGUAGCGCUUACAGCUGAAGUAGCAGCCCGUGAACCAGCUGUUCUAGGAGCGCCAGACGCAGAAAUCGAUAAGGAUUUGAUCAAAGAAUUGGCUUACCAAGCAAGAGGUGACAUUCCAGGUAUAAUUGCAUUUUUCGGUGGUCUAGUCGCACAAGAAGUGCUGAAAGCCUGUUCAGGCAAGUUCACUCCUUUGAAACAAUACAUGUACUUUGAUUCUUUAGAAUCUUUGCCUUCCAAAGAGAAAUAUCCAAGAACAGAAGAGACUACUAGUCCGAUCAAUACUCGUUACGAUAACCAAAUCGCAGUAUUUGGCCUAGAAUUUCAAAGAAAGAUCGCCAAUCUGAAGAUCUUCCUUGUUGGGUCAGGUGCUAUUGGAUGUGAAAUGCUUAAGAACUGGGCACUCAUGGGAUUGGGUUCUGGGUCUGAGGGUGGAAUUAUCGUCACUGAUAAUGACUCCAUCGAAAAAUCGAACUUGAACCGGCAAUUUUUGUUCAGACCGAAGGAUGUUGGCAGAAAUAAGUCCGAAGUGGCAGCAGAAGCAGUUUGUUACAUGAACCCUGAUUUGACGGGAAAGAUAGAUGCAAGGAUAGACAAAGUUGGUCCAGAUACGGAAAACAUUUAUGAUGACACCUUCUGGCAGAGUCUAGAUUUCGUGACUAACGCCUUGGACAAUGUCGAUGCACGUACCUACGUUGACCGUCGUUGCGUCUUUUACAGGAAAGCUCUACUUGAGUCAGGAACUUUGGGUACCAAGGGUAACACACAGGUUGUCAUUCCAAGACUAACUGAGUCGUAUUCGUCCUCCAGAGACCCACCUGAGAAAUCCAUCCCACUAUGUACUUUGCGUUCUUUCCCUAACAAGAUUGAUCACACCAUUGCGUGGGCCAAAUCGCUUUUCCAAGGCUAUUUCACAGACGCAGCAGAGAAUGUUAAUCUUUAUUUGACCAAUCCAAAUUUCGUCGAGCAAACCUUGAAACAAAGCGGUGAUGUCAAGUCUAUUCUGGAAACUGUUGAAGAAUCACUGACUGAAAAGCCACAGACUUUUGAUGACUGUAUUAAGUGGGCAAGGUUGGAAUUCGAGAAAAAAUUCAAUCACGAUAUCAAGCAAUUAUUGUACAACUUUCCUAAGGACGCAAAGACUUCCAGUGGCGAACCAUUCUGGUCGGGACCUAAGAGAGCUCCAACUCCAUUGGACUUCGAUUUGAGUAAUCCUGAUCAUUUUGACUUCGUUGUUGGUGCAGCUAACCUUCGUGCUUUUAACUACGGUAUCGAAGGAGAUGGAGGUGCGCCGAAUAAGGCUGCUUAUGCUGCUGUUCUUUCAAAGGUCAAAAUUGCACAGUUUACACCAAGCUCGAAUGUUAAAAUUCAAGUCAACGACGAUGAUCCUGAUCCAAAUGCUGAUGGUCUGGAUGGCACAGAUUCGUUGAAGGCACUAGCAAGUAAACUUCCUGAUCCAGCUACUUUGGCAGGUUUCAAGCUAGUGCCAGUUGAGUUUGAGAAGGACGAUGAUACAAACCAUCACAUCGAAUUUAUCACAGCAUGCUCAAAUUGUAGAGCUCAAAACUAUUUCAUUGAGCCGGUUGACCGUCAAAGAACGAAGUUCAUUGCAGGUCGUAUUAUACCUGCUAUUGCUACAACAACCUCAUUGGUGACAGGUUUAGUCAACUUGGAGCUUUAUAAAGUUGCCGAUGGAAAAACCGAUAUCGAGCAAUACAAGAACGGGUUUGUCAACUUGGCCUUGCCUUUCUUUGGAUUUUCUGAACCUAUUGCAUCUCCAAAGGGUAGUUAUAACGGGAAAACUUACGAUAAAAUAUGGGACCGCUUUGAUGUCCAUGCUAAUGUCACGCUAAGUGAUCUGAUAAAGCACUUUGAGGAAAAAGAGGGUUUGGAAAUCACGAUGUUGUCUUACGGAGUUUCAUUGUUGUACGCUUCCUUUUUCCCACCUAAGAAAUUGAAGGAGAGGUUGAAUCUGUCGAUUACGGAUCUGGUUAAGUUUAUCACGAAGGCAGACGUUCCUCCUCAUGUGCGCACGAUGAUCUUAGAAAUAUGCGCUGAUGAUAAAGAGGGUGAGGACGUAGAGGUACCUUUCAUUACCAUCCAUUUGUAG